CCCAAGCCGCGCCUCGGAUGUCGAGCGCCCGGCUUCUGGUGCUCUUCGGAAGCCAGACUGGAACAGCCGAAGAUAUGGCUGAGAGGCUGGGCCGCGAGGCCCGGCGCCGGCGGCUGGACUGCCGGGUGCUGGCCCUGGACUCCUACCCAGUGGUGAAUCUGAUUAACGAGUCCUUGGUGAUAUUUGUUUGUGCAACUACAGGCCAAGGGGACCCCCCUGACAACAUGAAGAACUUCUGGAGGUUCCUAUUCCGGAAGAACCUGCCACCGACCUCCCUCUGCCAGAUGGACUUUGCCGUCCUGGGCCUUGGGGAUUCCUCGUACGCCAAGUUCAAUUUUGUGGCCAAGAAGCUGCACCGCCGGCUGCUGCAGCUCGGGGGCUGUGCUCUCCUGCCCGCGUGCCUGGGUGAUGACCAGCAUGAGCUGGGGCCCGACGCCGCCAUCGACCCCUGGCUGCACGACCUGUGGGGAAAGGUGCUGGGGCUGUACCCAGUGUCCCCCGGGCUCAGCAUGAUCCCACCUGGAGUCUCUCUGCCAUCCAAGUUCACCCUGCAGUUCCUGCAGGAGGUCUCCAGGACUGAGGAGUGGUGUGGGCCCACAACAGACCCUCAGGGACCCCCCUCAGAGCUCCAGCCCUUCCUGGCACCCAUGGUCUCUAACCAGAGGGUCACUGGCCCCUCACACUUCCAGGACGUUCGACUGAUCGAGUUCGACAUCGCCGGCUCUGGGAUCAGCUUUGCUGCCGGGGACGUUGUGCUGAUCCAGCCUGAGAACUCGGCGAGCCACGUCCAGCAGUUCUGUCAGGUGCUGGGCCUGGACCCUGACUGGUGCUUCACACUGCAGCCCCGGGAGCCAGAUGUCUGCUGCCCCGCACGGCUGCCUCAGCCCUGCUCCGUGCACCACCUCGUGUCACGGUACCUGGACAUCACCAGCGUCCCUCGCCGCUCCUUCUUUGAGCUCCUGGCUGGCCUCUCCCCGGACGAGCUGGAACAGGAGAAGCUGCUGGAGUUCAGCUCUGCCCAAGGCCAGGAAGGGCUGUAUGACUAUUGCAGUCGGCCCCGCAGAACCAUCCUGGAGGUGCUCUGUGACUUCCCACACACGGCAGGUGCUGUGCCCCCCGACUACCUGCUGGACCUCAUCCCCCCGAUCCGGCCCCGUGCCUUCUCCAUCACCUCCUCUCUGUUGGCCCUCCCUGGGCGGCUGCAGAUCCUGGUGGCCGUGGUGCAGUACUGGACACGCCUCAAGGAGCCUCGCCGGGGCCUCUGCUCCUGCUGGCUGGCUUCCCUGGACCCUGGACAAGGACCCAUCCGGGUGCCUCUGUGGGUGCGGCCUGGGGGCCUGACCUUCCCGAAGAUGCCUGACACACCCGUGGUUAUGGUGGGGCCCGGCACAGGUGUGGCCCCCUUCCGAGCAGCCAUCCAGGAGCGGGUAGCCCAGGGCCAGACUGGAAACCUCCUGUUUUUCGGCUGCCGCCACCGAGACCAAGACUUCUACUGGGAAGCCGAGUGGCGGGAGCUGGAGAGGAGGGGCUGCCUGACCCUGGUCACAGCUUUCUCUAGGGAGCAGAGAGGUGCAAGGUGCGGACACUGCCUCCUGCUCUGCCCCCAGGAGCAGAAGGUGUAUGUGCAACAGCGGCUGCGGGAGCUCGGGCCCCUGGUAUGGGAGCUGCUGGACCGCCGCGGUGCCCACUUCUACCUGGCGGGCAAUGCCAAGUCCAUGCCAGCUGACGUCACCGAGGCCCUGACGUCAAUCUUCCAGGAGCACGGCGGGCUCUCCGGCCGCGACGCAGCCAGCUACCUUGCCAGGCUCCAGCGCACACUGCGCUUCCAGGUGGAGACCUGGGCCUAGGCCUCGGGUGAGCCCGGAAAAGAGUCUAGAGGGCACGUGCCUGGGGGCGUCUCCACCCUCGGGCCCUGUCUGAUCACUGUGUCAGGAGCACUUGGCCCCCAGCCUGGGCCUGCGCCACCAGCCCCUGCACACAGGCCAUCCUUCUGGUGCCAGCCCACUCCAGCCUCUGCUGCCGCCACCGCCCUUGGCCAUCCUCACCUCACCAGCACCUUAGCCUCCCCGCCCUGCCGACAUGGCCCAUGCCCGUCCCGUGUUCUGGCUGGAGCUCGGCUGCUGGCUGGGUUGGGGCCUCCUGCUGGCCCGUUCCCCACAGGCCCAAACGGUGACCCGGAAAAGCACCCAGCAGCACGAUUGGGCCCCGUGAGAGCUGGCCCUGCCCCCUGCCCUGCCCUGGGAUCCCCACCGUCCCACUGCAGUCUGGGGACAGGGUGCCCACCGUGAAGUGCCAGGCCCACCAGGGCACAGGUCCAGGCCUGGCGGCAGUGAGGACCCAGGCUUUCCUGUAGAGCCCAGGGUGGGGCUCAGCCAGCACGGCACCUCUUGG